CACACACACAAUCACACACACUCGCUGAUUCCCCGAGACGAGUGGAAGCUUAAAUGCGAUCGUCAUUUCUCUGUCAUCUCCAGAUCAUUCAACAUGUUAUUUUUCUGAAAAUCUUGGAUAUUUUUUUCCUUCGCUCCUUCCACAUCCCAACUUUGCUGGAAAGCUGAAUCGAUGCAACAGAAGUUGUGAGACUGAUCUAAAACGGCACCUUGAAGACCAUUAAGAGAUUUUCAUCACUGGAUCAUUUGCUUUGUGUUCAACUAGUCAAGUGGAUAAAAAAAAAAAAAAUAUUCCAGUCACCUUUUUGUUUCACGUCAUGGAAACCUUGUAAACGCUGCUUUUAUGGAGUGUGAAAUUUUGGAUGCAUGAGCCAAGUUUGGAAGGAAAAAGUCAGACAAAAGCAUGGCUGAUGGAACAGCUGCAACGUGCUGAAGGCUUCUUUCAAACAAGACAACACAGUAUCUUCAGAAAUGACCACGGUGUCCAUGGAGCCCGUUGGAGUCCUGGUGGAGAGGAGCACCAAUGUCACCGAGCCCCCUCAGAGUGCUCAUGAGGACCCGGCGGCCACCUUCACCAUUGGCACGAUUCUCUCCAUUAUGUUUCUCGUGGGAGUCUUGGGAAACAUCUACACCCUGGUGGUGAUGUGCCAUUCCAUGCGGAGCGCAGCUUCAAUGUACAUUUAUAUCAUCAACCUGGCUUUGGCAGAUCUCAUGUAUCUUCUCACCAUCCCGUUUGUGGUGUGUACGCACUUCCUGAAGCGCUGGUACUUUGGGGACGUGGGUUGUCGGAUCCUGAUCAGCAUGGACUUCCUGACCAUGCACGCCAGUAUCUUCACACUGACUAUCAUGAGUACGGAGCGCUACUUUGCGGUGCUCAGACCGUUGGAUACGGUCAAACGCUCCAAAAAGUAUCGCAAAGCCAUCGCGCUACUGGUUUGGGGCGCGUCUCUUAUCCUCACCUUACCCAUGAUUGUAAGCAUUCAGUUAAUGAAGGUGGGCAACAAGGCUAUGUGUCUUCCCACCUUGUCAUCCCUGUCCUAUAAGAUUUACAUCACCUUCCUUUUUUGCACGAGCAUUGUCGCCCCCGGACUGAUCAUUGGCUACCUUUACAUCCAACUUGCUCGGACUUACUGGGUUUCACAAACGGUGACCUUCAAAACCACCAAUAAGCUUCCCAACCUGAAGGUUCUCUACUUGAUUUUCACCAUCGUGCUCCUCUUUUGGGCAUGUUUCUUGCCUUUUUGGAUAUGGCAACUCCUGGGUCAGUACCAUCCGUCACUGCCCCUGUCCUCCACGGCCAAGCGCAACAUCAAUUACCUGACGACAUGUCUGACGUACUCCAACAGCUGCAUCAACCCAUUCCUAUACACACUGCUCACCAAGAACUACAAGGAGUAUUUGAGGAAGCACAACCGCUCGUGGUCAGCCGGGAGUUUUUUUGACAGGAGAGGCCGUACGCAGCGCUCGCCGCGCAGGUCACCGUCCGCAAGCAGUCAGCAGUGUACGGAGAGUUUCAUGCUCACGCACACGGCCUCCUUGCGUGCCCACAACAGCAGCUUGUGAGAUCUGACGGAAGUGUGCUGAAGGAAGAAAAAGGACCAAAGAACCACGUGGAAAUGGCGUGUGAUCUCUGUGAAAUUGACAGGAUAAAAAGAAGCGUGAUAAAUGUAAUCGAUGGGCUGAAAUGAUGUUUUUCGAACACACUUUCAUACGUGUGCUCACGAUGAACCUUUACGCUAUGUAUCGUCUGCUUGUUUUGCAAUAUGUGAGUCUGCAUGAAUAUGUGUCCAGAAAUGUGUUUAGGUUGUUAAGGCUAAUGCAGUACUGUAUAUACUUCAUUUCAACGAGCUUGUGUCUUGGCAAAAUUCUGUCAUGAACGCUUGCUUGAGUUUAAGCCCUGCUGAUGUUAACGCUGCUAAAAAUAACAAUGUUCAUCUGUGGAAUAAAUGGCGUGUUCUUGUUUUUCCUAGAAUUGAUAUAUGUAUAGUUGGCUUCAGUUGCUCAUGAAUUGUUUAUUUAAAAAAAAAAAAAAGAUUUGGGCACAAUGAAAAGAAAAAGAGUCAAAAUGACAAUACAUCUGUAAUGCCAGUGGAGAAAGGGAAGAAAAUAAUGAAGUUAUAAUAUUAUGAUCAUAAUUGCCAUCGUAAAAUAAAGAGACUCUUCUUAUAGUACGACAAAAUAUCUUGUUUUCUUGUAAUUUUCCGACUGUUUGUAAUAUAUGUUAUUAGUAGUUUAGUCUUUUCAGUGUAGCCCUCUCUACCAAAGACAGAAAGGUGCAUAAACUCCAAUAAAACGCAACCAGCGCGUAUUGUUAUAAAGUAGCACAAUGCAAACAAGUUCCUUUUUUUUCUUAAAUAUUACCAUGUGAUUUUUUUUUUUUUUAUAUAUGUGUAGCUUAAAUAAAGUGAAAUUGCCUGAAAUCUAUCAAAUGAAAGCACAUUUAGUUUCAUGCAAUUGUAUUUUGUUGGGAAACCCAAAAAAUAAAUGAUGUCUGAAUGUGUUUAAUAAAAUGAUGUUGAAUCUG